AUGUCCAGCACAGCGGCCGUCAACGACGGGUUUUCCUCUACCUCGUCAUCAUCUCCAACGGUCCGAUCUCCUCCCGACCAACCCAAAAAUGGCGAUUCGUCUUCGAAGAAGCGUCUAUUCUCUGAACCAGGAAGCCUCCCUCUACCCAAAGCAGGCUAUCAUUCGCUCGGAGUUGCCUGGGAGGAUCUCACUGUAGAAGGCGCUGGUGGUGGAAGGAGAUACGUCCAGUCAUUUGACGUUUCUGCGCCAAGAGUAUUUUACGUAUGGGGAUUUGUCAAGAGGCUCUUCAACAUUACGCUUGGUCCCACGCGUCCGAUCAUAUCAAAUUUCUCUGGUGUGGUGGAGGAGGGAGAGAUGCUCUUGGUCUUGGGCAGACCAGGUUCCGGUUGCUCAACUUUGAUGCGAGCUCUUUCCAAUGUUACCGAGCCCUUUGUCAAGAUUACAGGCGACGUUACAUACUCAUCCAUCCCAGCUAAGGAAGCCAAGCAGUUCUUUGAUGGCGAAAUUGUCUUCAACGAGGAGAACGACGAGAACAUUCCCUUACUAUCCGUCGAGGAGACUAUCAAAACAGCUAUACAGCUGAAGGAGCCGAGGAAGAAGGAUUCCAAUGAGCAUGGGGCUAGAUAUGUCGAAGGUCUGUUUGACAAUCUCAUCAACACUUUCGGCAUGCCACACACAAGAAAGACCAAAGUCGGUGACCAGUUCAUUCGUGGCGUCUCGGGCGGAGAACGAAAGCGUGUGUCGCUCGCAGAGAUGCUCACUACGAACGCUGCUGUCGUCUGUUGGGAUAAUCCCAUUCGUGGACUGGAUUCGGCUGUCGCUCUGCAUUUCUAUAGAGUGCUCAAGGAGCUAUCGCUGUCCCUUGGUAUGGUCAAUAUAAUAUCUACCUAUCAGACUGCUCAGGAUGCGUGGGAGUGCGUCGACCGAGUAGUGGUCAUCUAUGAGGGACGACAGAUCUUUUCUGGACGCGCCAACAGGGCCCAAGCGUACUUUGAGAACAUGGGAUGGUACAAGAAGCCCCGACAGACAACGCCUGAUUUCCUGACUGCCGUGACUUCAAUCAACGAACGACGAGUACAAGAAGGCUUUGAAGGUUCCAUCCCCCAAACAGCGGAGGAGUUUGAGCGCUACUUUUUGGAAAGCGAAGAGUACAAGGAGCUGCAGCGAGAUCUCCAGAGUUACAAGGAACGACACGCUGGGGCUCCCAAUGCGGAUUUGUUCAGGCAGUCUGUGAAAUCGAGCAAACACCACGGCGCUGGGAAAAAGUCUAGCUACCGAGUGAACUUUGCGGAGCAAGUCAUGAUCUUGUCGAAGCGACAGUACCACCUUACAAGAAACGACAUGAGGAGCUUUGCGUAUAGAAUCGGCAGUAACGUGCUGCAAGCCGUAUUGGUUGGGGCCAUUUGUUACAAGCCCAAAAACAACUCUCAAGGUUCUUUUGCCAUCGCCGGCGCUCUCUUCUUCAGUAUCCUCUACUACAUUAUCUUCGCCUUGGGUGAAGUUCCCGCCACAGUCAACUCUCGACCCCUGCUCAAGAAACACAGAGGUCUCGGCUUCUACCAUCCCGGCGCUCAUACUGUCGCCCAGAUCUUGUGCGAUGCCCCCGUCUACAUCUUCCAGACCCUCCUCUUCUCCGUCAUCUUCUACUUUCUCGUCGGCCUCAACUCUGGCGCCCAAUACUUCUUUACAUUCUGGUUCAUCGUGUUCACACUGUAUGAGACCAUCUCGGCAAUGUAUCGGAUGAUAGGAGCGUGGACGCCGAAUUUGAGUGUAGCUAUCCGAUAUGGGUGUCUGGCUCUUUCCGUGGUCUUGACUUCGGCUGGUUUCGGUCUUCCUCCGACUGAGCAACUGCGAUGGAUCUCUUGGCUUCGACGUGCCGACCCUGCAGCUUGGGCGUUUGAAGCUCUCAUGGCCAACGAAUUUCGUACCCGCACACUGCGCUGUGAAGACAGCGAUAUGGUUCCUUCCGGUGCUGGGUACACUGAUGCUGCCUAUCAGGUCUGUUCCAUUGCCGGUUCUCAGCCUGGCAGCCGUGAUGUACCCGGUAUGGAUUAUGUCUCCCAUAUCUAUGGGUACGAGGCGAGUCAUAUCUGGAGGAAUAUCGGGAUCAUGUGGGCUUUCUUUGCCGGCUAUGUCAUUCUGAUCAUCAUUGGCUCCAACCUCCUCAUUCGCGAAACUCCAGACUCGGCUCAAAAAGUCUACAAGCGCGGAGCCAAUACCCAAACUCUAAGCGUCGAGGAGAAGUCUGCUCAAGGGAAAGCUGCUUUGGAGCAGAUCAAUGGACCAGACAAGAGAGGCAGCGAGGCUCCCGUUUACACGUUUGAGGACGUGCGGUAUACUGUGCAGGCGGAUGGCCAGGACAAGCAGCUUCUCAAUGGGAUCAGCGGAUUUGUCAAGGGAGGAUCGCUGACUGCUCUGAUGGGGGCGUCAGGCGCUGGAAAGACUACUCUGCUGGAUACGAUCUCAUUGAGAAAGACUGUGGGGAAAGUAGAAGGCAAGAUGACCAUUGACGGCAAACCUCUCGAUGCUUCUUUCUCUCGACAAGCGGGUUUCGCCAUGCAGUCCGACAUCCACGAGCCCAUGGCUACUGUCCGCGAGUGUCUCCAGUUUUCAGCUUUGCUUCGACAGAGCAACAAUAGAACCCGCGAGGAAAGGCUCGAGUAUGCGGAGGGUAUCAUUAGGCUCUUGGAGUUGACGGAUAUUGCGGAUGCCUUGAUCGGUAUGCCCGGUGAAGAUGGUCUCGGAGUGGAAGAGCGUAAACGUGUCACUAUUGGCGUGGAGCUCGCUGCGGACCCCGAGUUCCUCAUCUUCCUCGAUGAACCGACAUCCGGUCUCGACUCCCAGGCCUCCUACGAGAUCGUGCGUUUCCUGAAGCGGAUCGCUGCUUCCGGACUCGCCGUUCUCUGCACAAUCCACCAGCCUUCUGGAGAUCUUUUCGAGAUGUUUGACUCUGUCAUUUUACUAGCCCCAGGCGGAAACACUGUUUACAUGGGAGAGACUGGCGAGAAUGCUGCAAAGGUUGUCGAUUACUUUGAAUCCAGAGGGGCCAAUUGCCCGCCUGAUGCCAACCCUGCAGAGGUCCUAUUGGACACCGUAUCCCCUGUGGGAGGCACUGAUAUCGAUUGGCCUGGGCUCUGGCAAGAAAGUGCCGAAGCAACCGACAUUCAACGCCAAAUCCAGGGAUUCACUUCUCGUCACUCUCAAAAGUCUGCCGACGUGGAAAAGCACGAGUCAUCUGCUGUGGGAAAAGGCAGUAACGCAUAUGCGUCUUCAUUCAGGACUCAGACGAGGGAAUUGAUCGUCCGAAACUUCAGAUCGCAAUGGCGAGAUGGGUCAUUCUGGACUACCCAAAUGGUCAUCAUGAUCUACUUUGGCCUCUACACUGGAUUCUUCUUCUUCAAGCUCGAACACACACCAGGUACCAUGUCCGCUGCUUCGCUCUGUUUGUUGAUUGCCGUCCAAUCGAUCCCUGGGAUUGCUAUGGACAUAGGUAUCAAUUACCUCUUCAAACUAGACAUGUACUUGGCGCGAGAACGACUGGGGAUCUAUUCCUGGCAAGCUCUUAUCACCUCUCUACUCGUCGUCUCUCUCCCCGUGCUCUUUGUGGGCUACAACCUGCUCUUCCUGUGCUUCUAUUGGACCUCGGGACUGGUGGGGAGUACGUCAGAUGGGGUAUUGGUCUGGCUCUCUUUCGUCAUCUGCUCGUUCUUCACGUCGAGUUUCGGGAUCCUUCUUGGAGCUGUAUCGCCGGAGAAGAUGUCGCUUCCUUAUGUGCUCUCUCUCGUAUGGAACUUGUUGAACGUCCUCUCUUGGGCCUUGGUCUUCUACGAAGGUCUGCCAGCCCCAUUCCACUACUUCUUCAGCUGGCUGUCUCCUCUUCGAUACCUCUUCAGCGCUCUAAUGACCAGCGGCUUGUCGAGUCUCGAGCUACACUGCCAAGAUGCCGACUUGCUCACAUUCAAUCCUCCGGAUGGUCAAACGUGUGGAGAUUACGCAGCCAACUAUAUCGCGACGACCUCUGGUUUCUUGUUGGAUGCGGAUGCUACCACUUCAUGCCAGUUCUGCCCCAGCAGUACCGGAUACGACUAUGUCCAGAACAUGGGCUACUCUAGAGGGACGAUGUGGCGUGACUGGGCGUUGACUGUUGUCUGGUGUUUGUCCAACGUCUUCUUCUGUUACCUGUUCACUUGGCUCAUAAAGAUCCGACCACUUUACAAGAAACAAUAG